AAUUCACAUGACCAAAUAGAGCCGGUGGAUUCUGCUGAGUACACAGGAGCAUCUCUAUAAAAGAAAAAAGUUUCCCACUUCAACAAGACCUCAUACAGACCCAUCCACGGGAAUAAGAUCCUGGCCAUCAUUUCUCUGAACUGAGGCGGUGAAAAGCACAAGUCAUCAUGGGAGACGGUGAGAUGGAGUGUUUUGGCCCGGCAGCCAUUUUCCUCCGCAAACCAGAGAGAGAGAGAAUCGAGGCUCAGAAUGCCCCGUUUGAUGCCAAAACAGCCUUCUAUGUAUCUGAUGCAGAAGAGAUGUACCUGAAGGGUACUCUUGUUAGCAAAGAGGGUGGCAAAGCUACCGUCAAAACUCAUAGUGGGAAGACCGUCACCGUCAAAGACGAUCAAAUCUUUCCCAUGAAUCCACCCAAGUUUGACAAAAUUGAGGACAUGGCCAUGAUGACCCACCUCAAUGAGGCUACUGUGCUGUAUAAUCUCAAAGAGCGUUACGCAGCAUGGAUGAUCUAUACCUACUCCGGUUUGUUCUGCGUCACUGUGAAUCCAUACAAAUGGCUGCCGGUGUACGAUGCAGUUGUUGUGUCCGGUUACAGGGGCAAGAAAAGAGUUGAAGCCCCACCCCACAUCUUCUCCAUCUCUGACAACGCCUACCAGUUCAUGCUCACCGAUCGUGAGAACCAGUCUAUCCUAAUUACUGGAGAAUCCGGUGCAGGAAAGACUGUCAACACCAAACGUGUCAUCCAGUACUUUGCGACAAUCGCUGUGGCUGGACCGAAGAAGGCAGAACAUGUUCCGGGAAAAAUGCAGGGUUCGCUGGAGGAUCAAAUCAUCGCAGCCAACCCCCUGCUGGAGGCUUAUGGUAAUGCCAAGACUAUAAGAAAUGACAACUCGUCUCGUUUUGGUAAAUUCAUCAGGAUUCACUUUGGGUCCACUGGCAAACUGGCAUCAGCUGAUAUUGAAACUUAUCUGCUGGAAAAGUCAAGAGUAACAUUCCAGCUGUCUGCUGAGAGGAGCUACCACAUCUUCUAUCAGCUCAUGACGGGACACAAACCAGAACUGAUCGAGGCGCUGCUCAUCACCACCAACCCUUAUGACUAUCCAAUGAUCAGCCAGGGAGAAAUCACUGUCAAGAGUAUUGAUGAUGUGGAAGAAUUCAUUGCCACAGAUACUGCUAUCGACAUUCUGGGCUUCACUGCUGAGGAGAAAAUGAGCAUCUUCAAGCUGACAGGUGCUGUGAUGCAUCAUGGCAGCAUGAAGUUCAAGCAGAAGCAGAGAGAGGAGCAGGCUGAACCUGAUGGCACUGAGGUGGCUGAUAAAAUCGCCUACCUCAUGGGCCUGAACUCUGCAGACAUGCUGAAAGCUCUGUGUUACCCCAGAGUGAAGGUCGGAAAUGAGUUUGUGACCAAAGGCCAAACUGUACCACAGGUGAAUAACUCAGUCAGUGCUCUCAGCAAGUCAGUCUAUGAGAAAAUGUUCUUGUGGAUGGUCGUCCGUAUCAAUGAGAUGUUGGACACAAAGCAGGCCAGACAGUUCUUCAUUGGUGUGUUGGACAUCGCUGGAUUUGAGAUAUUUGAUUACAACAGCUUGGAGCAGCUCUGCAUCAACUUCACCAACGAGAAACUGCAACAGUUUUUCAAUCAUCACAUGUUUGUGCUGGAGCAAGAGGAGUACAAGAAAGAAGGCAUUGAAUGGGAGUUCAUUGACUUUGGAAUGGACUUAGCUGCCUGCAUUGAGCUUAUUGAGAAGCCAAUGGGCAUCUUCUCCAUCCUUGAAGAGGAGUGCAUGUUCCCCAAAGCCACAGACGUGAGCUUCAAAAACAAGCUGUACGAUCAACAUCUCGGCAAAAGCGGAGCUUUUCAGAAGCCCAAACCUGUCAAAGGCAAGGCAGAAGCUCACUUCUCUCUGGUGCACUACGCCGGCACUGUUGACUACAACAUUACUGGCUGGUUGGACAAGAAUAAGGAUCCACUGAAUGACUCUGUUGUGCAACUCUAUCAGAAGUCAUCAGUCAAGCUGCUGGCCCUCCUGUAUGCCGCUCAUGCAGGUGCUGAAGCUGAAGGUGGCGGUGGAAAAAAAGGAGGCAAGAAGAAGGGUGGUUCAUUCCAGACCGUGUCUGCAUUGUUUAGGGAGAACUUGGGCAAGCUGAUGACAAACCUGAGGAGCACUCACCCUCACUUUGUGCGUUGCCUGAUUCCCAACGAGUCCAAGACUCCAGGUCUGAUGGAGAACCACCUGGUUAUCCAUCAGCUGAGGUGUAAUGGUGUGCUGGAGGGUAUUAGAAUCUGCAGAAAGGGUUUUCCCAGCAGAAUCCUCUAUGGUGAUUUCAAGCAGAGAUACAAAGUAUUGAAUGCUAGUGUCAUCCCAGAGGGACAGUUCAUUGACAACAAGAAAGCUUCAGAGAAACUCUUGGGCUCUAUUGACGUCGACCACACUCAGUAUAAGUUUGGACACACCAAAGUGUUCUUCAAAGCUGGUUUGCUGGGUACUCUUGAAGAGAUGAGAGAUGAUAAACUAGCAGCGCUAGUAACCAUGACUCAGGCUUUGUGCCGUGGAUUCUUAAUGAGGAAGGAGUUUGUCAAGAUGAUGGAGAGGAGAGAAUCCAUUUUCACCAUCCAAUACAACAUCCGCGCAUUCAUGAAUGUGAAACACUGGCCAUGGAUGAAGCUUUACUUCAAGAUCAAACCUCUUCUGAAGAGUGCUGAGACAGAAAAAGAAAUGGCAGCAAUGAAGGAGAACUACGAGAAAAUGAAGGAGGAUCUAACCAAGGCACUAGCAAAAAAGAAGGAACUUGAGGAGAAAAUGGUGUCACUCCUGCAAGAGAAAAAUGAUCUUCAAUUGCAAGUAGCUUCUGAAGCUGAUAAUCUCACUGAUGCUGAGGAGAGAUGUGAAGGUCUUAUCAAAAGCAAAAUCCAGCUUGAGGCUAAACUCAAAGAGACAACCGAGAGACUGGAGGAUGAGGAGGAGAUCAAUGCUGAACUGACUGCUAAGAAGAGGAAACUGGAAGAUGAGUGCUCUGAACUAAAGAAAGAUAUCGAUGACCUGGAGCUCACCUUGGCCAAAGUUGAAAAAGAGAAACAUGCAACGGAAAAUAAGGUGAAAAACCUGACUGAGGAGAUGGCCUCUCAGGAUGAGACCAUUGCCAAGCUGACCAAAGAGAAGAAAUCCCUCCAAGAGGCACACCAACAAACCCUUGAUGACCUUCAGGCAGAGGAAGACAAAGUCAACACUCUGACUAAAGCCAAGACAAAACUUGAGCAGCAAGUGGAUGAUCUUGAGGGUUCAUUGGAGCAAGAAAAGAAACUUCGUAUGGACCUAGAGAGAGCCAAGAGGAAGCUUGAGGGUGAUCUGAAACUGGCCCAGGAAUCAAUAAUGGACCUGGAGAAUGACAAACAACAAUCAGACGAAAAGAUCAAAAAGAAGGACUUUGAGAUAAGUCAACUGCUCAGCAAGAUUGAAGAUGAACAAUCUUUGGGAGCACAGCUUCAGAAGAAGAUCAAAGAACUUCAGGCCCGUAUUGAGGAGCUGGAAGAGGAAAUUGAGGCAGAGCGAGCUGCUCGUGCUAAAGUGGAGAAGCAGAGAGCUGAUCUCUCCAGGGAACUUGAAGAGAUCAGCGAGAGGCUUGAGGAAGCUGGUGGUGCCACUUCUGCACAGAUUGAGAUGAACAAGAAACGUGAAGCAGAAUUCCAGAAGUUGCGUCGUGAUCUGGAAGAGUCCACCUUGCAACAUGAGGCUACAGCGGCCGCUCUGCGAAAAAAGCAGGCUGACAGCGUGGCCGAGCUCGGAGAACAGAUCGACAACCUCCAACGUGUCAAGCAAAAGCUGGAGAAGGAGAAGAGUGAGUACAAGAUGGAGAUUGAUGACUUAUCAAGCAACAUGGAGACUGUGGCCAAAUCAAAGGCUAACUUAGAAAAGAUGUGCCGCACUCUUGAAGACCAACUGAGUGAAAUCAAGUCCAAGAAUGAUGAAAAUGUUCGCCAGCUCAAUGACACGAGUGCCCAAAAAGCAAGACUUGUUACUGAGAAUGGUGAAUUGGCUCGCCAGCUGGAGGAGAAAGAAGCUCUUGUUUCUCAGCUGACCAGAGGAAAACAGGCAUUCACUCAGCAGAUUGAAGAACUCAAGAGACACAUUGAGGAGGAACUUAAGGCCAAGAACGCCCUGGCCCAUGCUGUCCAGUCUGCCCGCCAUGAUUGUGACCUGCUCAGAGAGCAGUAUGAAGAGGAACAAGAGGCAAAAGCUGAACUUCAGCGUGGAAUGUCUAAGGCCAACAGUGAGGUGGCUCAGUGGAGAACCAAAUAUGAGACUGAUGCUAUCCAACGCACAGAGGAGCUUGAGGAAGCCAAGAAAAAGCUGGCCCAGCGUCUCCAGGAUGCUGAAGAAUCUAUUGAGGCUGUAAACUCCAAAUGUGCUUCUCUGGAAAAGACCAAACAGCGAUUGCUGGGUGAAGUCGAGGACCUCAUGAUUGAUGUGGAGAGAGCAAAUGCAUUGGCCGCCAACUUGGACAAGAAGCAGAGAAACUUUGACAAGGUCCUGGCAGAGUGGAAACAGAAGUAUGAGGAAAGUCAGGCUGAGCUGGAAGGUGCUCAGAAAGAAGCUCGUUCCCUCAGCACUGAGCUUUUCAAAAUGAAGAACUCUUAUGAAGAAACUAUUGAUCACCUGGAGACUCUGAAGAGGGAGAACAAGAAUUUGCAACAGGAGAUUUCUGACCUUACUGAGCAGCUUGGAGAGAGCGGAAAGAGCAUUCAUGAGCUAGAGAAAGCCAAGAAGACAGUGGAGGCUGAGAAAUCAGAGAUCCAGACUGCACUGGAAGAAGCAGAGGGCACUCUGGAACAUGAAGAAACCAAGAUUAUUCGUGUCCAGCUGGAGCUGACCCAGAUCAAAAGUGAGAUAGACAGAAAGAUUGCUGAGAAAGAUGAGGAGAUUGAGCAAAUCAAGAGGAACAGCCAACGAGUGAUUGAUUCCAUGCAAAGCACUUUGGACGCUGAGGUCAGGAGCAGAAACGAUGCCCUGAGAGUUAAGAAAAAGAUGGAGGGAGAUCUCAAUGAGAUGGAGAUUCAGCUGAGCCAUGCAAACCGCCAGGCUGCUGAAGCCCAGAAACAGCUCAGGAACGUCCAAGGCCAGCUCAAGGAUGCCCAACUUCACCUUGAUGAAGCAAUCAGAGGACAGGAAGAUAUGAAGGAACAGGUUGCCAUGGUGGAGCGCAGGAAUAACCUGAUGCAAGCAGAGAUUGAGGAGCUGAGAGUUGCACUGGAGCAAGCUGAGAGAGGCCGCAAAGUGGCCGAGCAGGAGCUUGUGGAUGCCAGUGAGCGUGUGGGACUUCUGCACUCUCAGAAUACAAGUCUUAUUAACACCAAGAAGAAGCUUGAGACUGAUCUGGUCCAGGUUCAAGGUGAGGUGGAUGAUGCUGUCCAGGAGGCCAGAAAUGCAGAGGAUAAAGCCAAGAAGGCCAUCACUGAUGCUGCCAUGAUGGCUGAGGAGCUAAAGAAGGAGCAGGACACCAGUUCUCACCUAGAGAGGAUGAAGAAGAACAUGGAGAUUACGGUCAAAGACCUGCAACACCGUCUGGAUGAGGCUGAGAGUCUGGCCAUGAAAGGGGGAAAGAAACAGCUCCAGAAACUGGAGGCCAGGGUGCGUGAGCUGGAGUCUGAAGUCGAGUCUGAACAGAGACGUAGUGCUGAAGCUGUUAAAGGAGUGCGCAAAUACGAGAGGAGAGUGAAGGAACUCACCUAUCAGACUGAAGAAGAUAAGAAGAAUGUGACCCGACUACAAGAUCUGGUGGACAAGCUGCAGCUGAAAGUCAAGGCCUACAAGCGUCAAGCUGAGGAAUCUGAGGAGCAGGCCAACACUCACCUGUCCAGAUACAGGAAGGUGCAGCAUGAGAUGGAGGAGGCUCAGGAACGCGCUGAUAUUGCAGAGUCCCAGGUCAACAAGCUGAGAGCCAAGAGCCGUGACAUUGGGAAGGGAAAAGAAAUGGGAGAGGAGUAAAACCUGAAGCUUUGAAGAUUCACAACAGAAAUUAAUCAUAAAAUAUGAAUUACUUGUAACUAAUAAAAAGUUGUUGUGUUAUACAAUUGUGUUAUUGUAGUUAUUGUAAAACAAUUGUAAAGUCAAAACAAAAAAAUAAAAAACACCAGGUUGACAUGAAAAAUA